UUUAUUUCUGUGAUUGAUCAAGAAUAAUUUAAACAAAAUAAAAACAAAUAAUUUAAAUCAAUUUAUUUUUAUGUAAUUUAUUUUUUGUACUGAAUUCUUUUUAUUCAAACAUUUUCGUUAAAAUUAAAUAAAAAAUACUUGGACAAAAUGAAAUACUAUUUAUAUGACGAGGUGUGCAUACAUAAUAAUAAAAAUGACUUUUGGGUGGUGAUACACCGAAAUAUAUUCGAUCUAACUCCAUUACUAAAAGAUCGUCAAGAUACAUGGAAUAAUUUAGACUAUUUAUUGGCAUUUGGUGGCAAAGAUUUAUCACAUUUUUUCCAUUUGAAUAAUUUACCUAAAACCGAAAUUUCUCCUGUAACCGGUAAACCUCGUGUUUUAUUUCCUCCCAUAUUAGAGCAGGCUCAAAGUGCUCUAUUAAAAACUCCUGGUAAAUUAUGGAGCCAAGAUCCUUUAUAUCAUAUAGGCCAACUAACGAAAAAAGAACGUAAAAUACGUUUAAUUAAUACCUUAACUGCCAGCACCAUUUUCAUGAAAGUUUGUACUGAAGAUACAAUUUAUGACAUACAAAGGAAAUAUAAAGAAAUUUACAAUAACCAUGCUGGCAGCUACUUAUGGCGCAAAUUUUCCAAUGGUGGUCAAUGUCCUGGUACAUUAAUUCUACACGAAACCCUCGAUGGCAAUGGUUUAAUUGCAGAAGAUAGUGAUAUUGAAUUACCUUUACCUUCCAUUUGGUUAUAUUACACAGAUGAUUUGACAGUGGCUUAGUUGAAAUUGUUUAAUGAGUGGGCGUUGUCUGAAAUUUUCCUUCUUUAAACAAUGACAUUUGGUUAUUUUUUUAGAAAAAUUUGAAUAUUCUUUGUUUAGUUGAAAAUGGAAAGAGUUGAUGUACUUUUAAGAUGUCUCACCUGAAAUAUUUCUUUAAUGUUUAGUAAAUCGACAGUAAUUGUCUCAAAUUAACAACUUAUCGCUUCUUAUGAUUUUAAUUACUUAGAAUACUUGCAAAAUUAUGUAAUAUAAACUAUUUACUUAAUUUAUUUUCCAAAUUUCCAAUUAAAUAAUUUCUUAAAAAUUUAAUUAUUUCCAAGAAUGUUUAGACAAUUACUUUAACACACAUUUAAUUUAUUUCUUUGCUGGGUUAAUAUGAAAUAUGUUUUGGCCAUAACUUCCUAAUUUGGUUCCGCUAGAAUAAUAUUUAAUUUUUUUGUAAUUUGUUCAUGAUUAAAGUAAGUGCACGAAAUAUAUUGUCAAUAUUUUAAGAAACAUAAUUUAAAUGAAACUUUUUCCAAUGAAAAACGCUUAAAUCUUAAUUAAAAUUAAUAAACAUAAAUUCUUU